CGAGGGGUGGAACCCGAGGCCGUUCAUCCAGGGCGAUCGAUCCUGCAGCUCCUUGCAGUUUUCGCACAUCAGGCGAGCGUCAUACUACAGAGUUACAGUAAUAAUAUCUCGGUAUUGAUUUGCUGAAAUGGAUAACGAAACCAGUAACAUGACAGACCAUUGUUCAGAUCCUCUGCCUUACUCGGACAAGUAUUUUCAGGAUAUUUCCACUGUAGAGCUGGUGUUUGUCAUCGCCAGUGCAGUGUUGACAGUCGUCGUCUGUUUGAUAUUUUUCGAGAGUGUCUGGUAUUUAAACAAGUACUACCACUCGUGGCACACCAAGGUCUUCUCCGUCUGGCAGAUUGGACUUCAUCCAGCAAUUUCACUCACCUCUAUGCUGACGGUCGUUGUGCCACGGUCAUCAGUUAUUAACAGUCUUAUAUCAUCAGUAUACGUGUCAAUAUCGCUGCACAUUUUCAUGCGACUGAUAAUCCACUACCACGGCGGCGAGAAGAACAUGGUGAGGACGAUGUCUGGAGAAAAGAUUCCUCUUCGCAGUCCUCCAUUGGCGUGCUGCAUCUGCUGCUGUCCGAAAAUCACACUUACCAGGUCCAAUCUGAAGAGAAUAAAGUAUUUAGUACACCAAGUGGUGUUCCUGCGUCCAAUCCUCAAAUUCCUAGGAGCUGUCAUGUGGACUGAUGGCAGAUACACAAAGGGAAAGAUAGAUGUGUUCGAUUCCUUCAUUUAUAUCACAGUUCUGAACGUCGUCUCGUCCCUGGUGGCGGUGUAUGGGCUGGUACUCCUAUAUCGGGCAUCAAAGAAGCAUCUCAAGAAGUUCCACAUCAUGGCAAAAUAUAUCAACCUGAAGGUCGUGAUGGUUGUUACAAGUCUCCAGCAGCUCGUGUUCACAAUCCUCAGUCACUACAACGUCCCCGCCUGUACUGGCUAUAAUACAGCCAUGGCAAGAGGAAAUUCUUUCAACAACAUGCUGCUGAUUGGUGAAAUGUUCGUGCUCACCCUGCUGGCUCGGUACUACUACAGAAAACCCGAGGAGCCUAUCACACUGGCAGAGAUCGAGAGUUACGAUGCAUCCACCGAAUCCAUCACAGAUCGCCAUGUCCAAACGGUCAGCCAAAUCUCAAGCAUAUCCAACAACUCAAAGGACGCUAUUCCACAAAGUAAUGGAUUUGCAUGUACGAACCCAGCAACAAAGAUGGACGAGCAAGUGGAAUCAUAAAUCCAUUGCAAUAAACGCUUAUACAUUUGGUCAUUUCAAGCAGUUGUGCAGUCGAUACUAGAAACAAGAUCUGGUACCACAGAAGUACGCUAUGGACGUAUUUGAACUGAAGUUCUUCCUGUUGAGUUAUUAAUUAAUAUAUUCUAUUCAAAAUAGCAAAACCAUUA